GAGCAGAGCAGAGCAGAGCAGAGCAGAGCAGAGCAGAGCAGGCGCGGCAGCGGAGGAGGAGUCGGUCGUUGUGAGGGCGGCGGAGCCGGUGUCGGUCGGGUCGUUCUCUCCGGCCGCUUCCCGGCAGCUGCCGUCGCUGCUUCCCGGCUUGUGGCUCGCAGCGCCGGCCCGCCGGAGCCCGCGGGGGCCGGGGGGAGCGCUGCGGAGUCUCCUUCCCCUCUCGCCCAGCCGGGGCUAUCGUCCUCCGUGCGGCUGUGAGGAGACGGGGACGGAGGCUGAGGGCUGAGGCUGCCCUUUUCCUUUCCACCCGCUCCCGGCCUCCCCCCGCCGCCUCGGGGAGUUGCGGCUGCCGGCGUGGGGUGCCUCUUCCGUCUGCUUCCUUCCUCCUUGGGCCCCUAGCUCUCCCAAAUUUGAUGUUGUUUUACUCUGGAAGAAUCCAGAUAGCCGGUAGUGUUGAAAAAUGUCCUGUCUGCACUAGCAGCUAACUGAUCUGAACCCAUUGUUGACAGCCACCAUCAUCAACAGGUCAUUUUCCCUGUGCGAGUGUGACUUUUCAUUAUGUAUCGUAAAUCCAAGUGGAAGUGCGGUUACAAUCUCGUGGUUCUUGGACAUGUGACUGUAACUUUGAUAUUCUGGUCCUUUGAAUCUGGAAGUCAAGAUUUGCCUUUGAAGAGAUGAGACGUAACCAUAGAAGAGAAUAUGCAGGACUGAAAUACUGUGCGUGCGUUCAGAGGAGUUUGGUUUCUGAUCUUGCAGUUGCAAGAUUGCCCAGUGGAAAUUGGAGUGCUAAAGAACUUAAAUGUGUAAAUGGAUGUUGGCAAACUUGGGUCCUACUUGUGUUUUGUCAGGAAAUAAUGAAAAAAGUGUGCCACAAAUCUUGAUCAGAGACCUGAAAUUUGAGAAGAAGUCAUUAGCUAAGCUCAUGUUUUCUCCUGAUCAAGAAAAUCAUCCAUCAAAAGCACCAGUAAAAUAUGGUGAAUUGAUUGUAUUAGGAUACAAUGGGUCUCUCCCAAAUGGAGAUAGAGGAAGAAGAAAAAGUAGGUUUGCUUUAUUUAAAAGGCCCAAGGCAAAUGGGGUGAAACCUAGCACUGUGCAUAUUGCCUGUACCCCUCAAGCAGCAAAGGCAAUAAGUAAUAAAGACCAACACAGCAUAUCUUACACUUUGUCUCGGGCCCAGACAGUAGUCGUUGAAUAUACACAUGACAGCAAUACAGAUAUGUUCCAGAUUGGUCGGUCAACAGAGAGUCCUAUAGACUUUGUCGUGACAGAUACAGUUCCUGGAAGUCAGAGUAAUUCAGAUACGCAGUCUGUGCAGAGCACUAUAUCAAGAUUUGCCUGCAGAAUCAUAUGUGAACGUAACCCUCCUUUUACAGCAAGAAUAUAUGCUGCAGGAUUUGACUCCUCAAAAAACAUUUUUCUUGGGGAGAAAGCUGCGAAGUGGAAGACAUCAGAUGGGCAAAUGGAUGGACUAACCACGAAUGGAGUUCUUGUUAUGCAUCCUCGUAAUGGAUUUACAGAAGACUCCAAGCCAGGGGUGUGGCGAGAGAUAUCUGUAUGUGGGAAUGUGUUCAGCCUCCGUGAAACCAGAUCAGCUCAGCAGAGGGGAAAAAUGGUUGACAACGAAACAAACCAACUCCAGGAUGGCUCUCUAAUUGACCUGUGUGGAGCAACACUGCUGUGGCGCACUGCAGAAGGGCUUUCACGCACUCCUACUGUCAAGCACCUGGAGGCACUAAGACAGGAAAUAAAUGCAGCAAGGCCUCAGUGUCCUGUGGGGUUUAACACCUUGGCAUUUCCCAGCAUGAAGAGAAAAGAUGUUGUAGAUGAAAAGCAGCCGUGGGUGUACCUGAACUGUGGCCAUGUCCAUGGCUAUCACAAUUGGGGAAACAAAGAGGAGAGAGACGGCAAGGAUCGCGAGUGUCCCAUGUGCCGCUCUGUCGGCCCCUAUGUGCCUCUGUGGCUUGGAUGUGAAGCGGGAUUUUAUGUGGAUGCAGGACCUCCAACUCAUGCAUUCAGCCCAUGUGGACACGUGUGCUCAGAAAAGACAACUGCAUAUUGGUCCCAAAUUCCUCUUCCUCAUGGUACUCAUACUUUUCACGCAGCCUGUCCGUUCUGUGCGCAUCAGCUGGCUGGUGAGCAAGGUUACAUCAGACUCAUUUUCCAAGGACCUCUUGACUAACCCAUGUGUUACCAAGGACUGCAGUAAACUGAUAAGCUAAGCGAUUCUGAUUUUUAAACCAAGUGUUUUUCGUAUUCUCUGGGCUUUGCUGGUUUGCAUUAAGAUGAAGAUUUUUUUUUUGUUGUUACAACAGCUAAAUCCCUCUCUAUUGAGAAAAGUCUGGGAAUGGAAGAAACGGGGGGAGAAGGGGGAGAACUCCUGCUUUCUUUAGUUAAUAACUACUUCUGAAGAGGUGAAGGAAGUGUUGUAGAGUGAACUUCAAUGCCUUCCGUUUAAUGGCUUUGAAUCACGUGCCCACAGUGUUUGAAAGUUGUUUCCUUCUUUUUGUAUAUGGAGGGUAAAUAGUUCAAAGAACAUUAGUUUACAGCUUGGAUGCAAACAUUGUAAAAUACAAAUGUGUAUAUUAACUCUUUUCUAUUUAUCUUUAUUAUUGAAAAUACAUAGAAUGUUUAGAGAGUAGCAUGGUCAUAGUGUGUUACAUCCAGCAAUUGGAUGUGUAGAGUAGUUCUGGAUGGAGAAGAACCUGAGAUGGAAAUGGUAGAAAAAUCUUUUUUAAUCUAAAAUACUGAGUUCUUAGAAUAGUUAAAAUGCUUUUUAAACAAAGCUAAUGCAAAUUAUGAGGGCAUAAAGGUAUGUUUUAACCAUGUUGAAAGGUAGGUAAGAAGGACUUCUUAAAAUGUCUUUUUGGUAGGACUGUACUUAAGGUCUGGUUAUGAGGAGAAUAUUUACCAGACUCUUUGAAUAUGCAACUUAGUCUAGAUUAAGGAUUUUUUCUCCCUUCAUGCUAACACAUCUCUUUAUUUAGCAUUAGUGAUAUUUGUGAGGGUUUUUCCAAUCUUAAACAUUAACAAACCUGAAAGACGAGGCUCAUUUUGUUCUGUGCUGUUUGGGGCAGGGCUGAGGGGAGAGGCGGAUGCGCCCUUGCACUUGUGUGGGGAGCAGGGAGCAAUUUGUGAGUCGGCCACUGUCCCAACUUGUGACACGCUUGUCAGUCGGAUGUUCUGCCUUUCUUCUGGCCCAUUGCAAACUGGCGUGUGGGAGCCACGGGCUUCACGUGCUUGCCUUUACCCUGUUGCGAGGUGCAAAUACUCAUCUAGGCUGCACAUGGAACAAAGUUGAAGCCUGGUACCCAAGGGAUGCGUGCCCACAUCCUAGCAUCCUCAUGCAACUUGUCACAAUUGGCAAUCUGUUAGGGGAGUGCUUGAGCCGGGACUGGACUGGGCUCCUAGACCUCAGUGUGGGAUGCUUGUGUAAGGUCUGCUCAUGCUGCGGUGGGCUUUAGUUAGUAGUCUCUCUCUGCUCUCCCCUCCCUACCCUUCCUUUCCCUCUGUAUCCACCAGAAAAGGCCAGUGCACUACAUCCAGCUUUGCUGCUAACCCACUGUGCUUCAUGACAAAUACACAACCUGACCUUUUUAGGAUUCGGUUGAGCUUUUUUUGGCCAGCUUCAUACUUUUUUUUUCCUCAAAAUACGUACUGUAUAAUUGACAGUAGCAAAUUUCUGUACUUUAUAGCAUAGCUUUAAUUUUUCCUUUCGAAGCUAUUCUAAAAUUUUCUUGGUUAAAGAGAGACCUAUGUUGCUUCGAUGUCAUGAAUUAUUUACUUUGUCAAUUGUUUCUCCAUUUUUAAAAAAAUUAUAUAUAUUGUUUGGUUCACUCAGGAAAUGCAUGUGUCAGGAAACCUGUAUUAUAAGUUCAGUUAGCUGUCAUGUACAAGUAACUGCUGUUACUCCCUUUCCAUAGAAAUAUAACUGAUUUUGACAUUUUCCAGAUUAUAUGCAUUAAGUAAUGAAACUUAUGCAGCAAGAAAUCCCUGUAUUGUAGUUGUUCUAAUCAUUUUAUUCAAACUAUACUAUACUGUAGUUUAAUUUUUAUUUGCAAAUUAAUUUAUUCAAACUAUGUGAGUAAACACUUUUCAAAAAUAGAAAUUCUGGGAUUGUCUGUUGCUUUGUUUCCGAGAUGAGAAAGGUGGUUGGAGGUGGCCCUUCUGCUGUCACCUAAGGUGUCUGUUCUGCAUGUGUGAAUUAAGAUCAUAAAAAAGAAGCAACUGUAAAUAAGAGUUUGCAUGUUAUCCUGGUCAUGGAUUUGAAUGGCUCCUUUCAGAUAUGACCUCUCAAUGUGUUUUAUAUUUAACCUUACAUUAACAAAGCCAAGAUUGUUGUUCAAAAGACACAGUUAAACGAUCUUUUCCCUGAGUAAGUUACAAAUAAUGAAAUGUAAGCAAAAACUUUAACUAAAUGGCUGGGCUCUUCUAAAAUGUCAAGAGCUCUUGAUUCCAUCUUCCACAAAACCACAUUGAUGCUUAUUCUCUGGUCCUGAUCUUGUUGACUAUGGGGAUAUGAAAAAUCAGAAAAGGACAUGAUGAAAGCUACAAAGCAGUAUGAGUAAUAAAAAGAUGAACUGUGAAAACAUUGAGAACUGGAUGGUAGCAGACACACAGAAAGUAGUGUACUUGUCCUGUGUUGGAGGCACAGCUGGAUGCUGGUGUGGAGCCAACAGUGCAGUUGGGUACAUGCACAUCUGACUGUAGAGGGGAAGAAGAGAGGUUCAUGCCCAACACAACCAUUGUUAAGCCUCUACCAUGUUAAGAUGGUAUGUUAUGCUUUCAUUAUCCUUCUUUGUCCUGCCCCCCUCCUCCAAAAAAACCCCAAACACCACAGAAGACAGUGUAGUCUUAGCAGAACUGGCUGUUUCUCUGGGUAGGGUUAUGCUAAGAUAACCCUUCAGAGUCUGCCCCACACUUUCUGCCUGUUGUAUACUUUUCUUGACCCAAGCUGGGCUUGUUAAUCCCAUUUUUAAAAGGGCAGAACAUGGGCAUUCAAAUGCCUGAGACACAGAAAUCCCACUGUCAGAAGCAGAACGGCAGUGAUUGAGUAGUUUGAGAAACAAUUUCCAUACAACAUGCAAGCUAACUAAAAGCAGUAGCUUUGACUGUGGUUUCUUAUUUGAGUUCCUUCUGGGCUUCUGUUUUUUAAUAAACAAUUUAAAUAGAAGGUCUCGUACUCUGUAAACUGUAAAAUGAAUGUCACAUUAAAAGUGUAAUGAUCCCUUUGACUCAA